GCUGCAUAAUGAAUGAACGAAUAUAAAACAUUCAGAGACAAUUCACUCUCCAGUUGAACAGAGCAGCGUCGUUUGAAGAUGAAGGCCUUUUUCAUGGUAGUUGUGCCGCUAUUUAGCUGCACCAAUGCAAAGCCAAAUUCAUACAUGCUAACAUGCAAAAAUCUUCCGAAGCAGUUUUCAGGACGAACGUACAUGAUAACGGUGACAGAUUCAGGGUCUAUGGUUACUGACAAGAAAUUCAACGUGGACGUGGAUCUUCAGAUAACACAGAUGGAGUCAACUGUUAGUGGCCAGGGGCCUUACAAACUUUUGAUGGAUUACAAGGGGCAUGUGGCGAUGCCGUGUGGCGAUGGCAGUCCUGAAGAACUCACUAAGGACGUGAAGCUUGAAGUGUCCGGUGUGCUUGGCUUGAAUGGAGCUUCAGUUGAUUUGUAUUCGUACUCGAAUGAACAAGGCAAUGGCACGUUUACACUCGAAGGCGAUGACUCGUGUCUUCCAGUGAGUUUCGCACAGGAGAGCCCAGGUUUAACUACAAUUGGAAGUCACCUCGACCUGAAGACUACCGCUGACCUAGAGAAACUGAAGAUACCUGAACAUUGUGACACAGAGAUAUCUCGACGAUCCAUUGCAGUCAUGGUGCAUGCUGCGCAUCUGAAGGAGGCAAUGAAGAGGGGAUUUUCAUGGAUUGAUUCCGCAUUUAAUCCUCAAAAACGGGUAUCCCCAUGGAUCGAAUUACAGAAUAACCGAAAAAGAGGAUUUCUCUGGCCUUGGCUCAGUGAGCAAUGAGCAUUAAAUGUCCCACACAGAAGCUGGUGACUUGCCACUAGUUGAUUAAAUUAGAUUAGCUAAGACGUGAUGAGUGAAGUGUAGUUACUGGGCAUCAGCUGAAAUUAAAGUUCCUCUAGUUAUCAUGAAUUUGUGUAAGGGUAUUUCUUUUUUUCAACAAAAACAGGAGCACUUUUUCGCCGCAUCACAUCUGUUUCAAAAAACUCCAACUGAACCACGACAAGUUUCAACAUUAAUUGGUCUUAUGAGUGAUUAAUGAUUCAAUUAAAGGCAAAACUUGGGUUGCACUCUAGGAAAAAACAGGAUAAAGUUGAUAAGCUCCUCGAAAUCACUGUCGUAGCAAAACCUUCUCGCCUAAUGAUCGCCCUUACUCGUAGCAAAUUGUUAACACUGUUCAAUAAAUUCACCAAAUUUAAAAGUGUGA